GGGCGGGACCGGGACCGGGACCGGGACCGGAUUCACCUGCGGCUCCGCGACGGCAGCGCCCGAUCCCACCGGCAGCGGCACCGGCCAUGGGGCGGCGGGGGGGCUGCCCCGGCCCGCUCUGCCUCCUCCUCCUCCUCCUGCUCCAGGCUGGCGACCGACUGUGUGAGCGGGCAGCGUCCUGCCAGCCCGGCUUCACCGCGGAGACCUUCGGCCUCGCCGUGCCGCGGGACAGCGUGGCGGCGGGACAGGCGCUGGGGCGAGUGAGCUUUGCGGACUGCGGCGAGCAGCGGCGUGCCGCGUACCUCUCGGACGACACGCGCUUCAAGGUGAGCCGGGAUGGGGUCGUCUCCGCCACCCGGCCCCUGCGGCUCCGCCAGCGGGAGAUCAGCUUCUCCGUCUACACCUGGGACACCGUGGGCAAGAAGCAUUCGGCCAGGGUGACCCUGCACGGGCGGCGGCACCACCGCCACCGCCACCAGCAGCAGCAGGACGCGGCGCCUGACGUGCUGACCUUCCCCGAGCCCGGCCGUGGCCUUCGGAGGCAGAAGAGGGACUGGGUCAUCCCUCCCAUCAACUGCCCCGAGAACGAGCGGGGACCCUUCCCCAAGAAGCUGGUGCAGAUCAAAUCCAACAAGGACAAGGAGACCAAGGUUUUCUACAGCAUCACGGGGCAGGGGGCCGACAGCCCCCCCGUGGGCGUCUUCACCAUCGAGCGGGAGACGGGGUGGCUGGAGGUGACGAAGCCGCUGGACCGGGAGGAGAUCGAUAGAUAUUUUCUCUUCUCCCACGCCGUGUCGGCCAGCGGGCAGCCGGUGGAGGACCCCAUGGAGAUCAUCAUCACCGUGACCGACCAGAACGACAACCGGCCCGUCUUCACCAAGCAAGUCUUCAUUGGCUACAUCGAGGAGAACGCUAAGCCAGGCACGUCUGUGAUGACCGUGAACGCCACGGAUUUAGACGACGGGAUCAACGUGAACAACGGCAUCAUCAGCUACUCCAUCCUCAGUGAGGAGCCCAAGAGCGUGCAGCAGAUGUUCACCAUCGAUCCAGAGAAGGGCGUCAUCAGCGUCAUCGGCACGGGGCUGGACCGGGAGACCACUCCCAACUACACGCUGAUCAUCCAGGCUGCGGACCAGGAGGGCAACGGCCUGACCAACACCGCCACUGCCAUCGUGGAAGUCACCGACGCCAACGACAACCCUCCCGUCUUCAACCCCACCAUGUACGAGGGGACGGUGAACGAGAACGAGGUGGGGGUGGUGGUGGCCCGGCUGCACGUGACGGACCAGGACAUGCAGGGCUCCCCUGCCUGGCAAGCCGUCUACCGCAUCAAAAGCGGGGACCAGGACGGCGACUUCAGCAUCACCACUGACCCCAAAAACAACGACGGCAUCCUGAAAACUGCCAAGGGCCUGGAUUACGAGACCAAGAGCCGGUACAACCUCCUGGUGACGGUGGAGAACGCUGUCCCCUUCACCGUGCCCCUGCCGCUCUCCACGGCCAGCGUCCUGGUGGUGGUUGGAGACGCGAACGAAGCCCCCGUCUUCGUGCCCCCGGUCAAGAGGGUGGAGGUGACAGAGGACCUGCCGCUGGGCCACCAGGUCACCUCCUACAUGGCCCAGGACCCAGACAAGGAUCAGAGGCAGAAAAUCCUGUACCGCAUGGGCAGCGACCCCGCGGGGUGGCUGGCCAUCGACCCCGAGAACGGCAUCGUGACGGUGGCCCAGCCGCUGGACCGGGAGUCGGUGCACGCCAUCAACAGCACCUACAAGGCCAUCGUCCUGGCUGUGGACAGUGGGUCGCCGGAUGCCACCGGCACGGGGACGUUGCUCCUCCACCUCCAGGAUGUCAACGACAACGGGCCCACGCCGGAGCCCCGGAUCUUCGAUAUCUGCAACCGGCAGCCCGAGGUGCAGACGCUGAACAUCGUCGACAAGGACCUGCCUCCCAACACCUACCCCUUCCAGGCGGAGCUGCAGCACGGCUCCGGUGCCAACUGGACUGUCAGGGUGACCAGACAAGACCUGCUGGUGCUGAGCCUGACGAAGGACCUGGAGCCUGGGGAGUACAACAUCUUCCUCAAGCUGACGGACGCGCAGGGCAAGGCGCAGGUGACGCCGGUCAAAGCCCAGGUGUGCGACUGCGAAGGGCCGGCUAAAAACUGCGAGCGGCGAGCGUUCAUCGCCAGCGGGCUGGGCGUCCCCGCCAUCCUGGGCAUCCUGGGGGGUAUCCUGGCGCUGCUGAUCCUGCUGCUGCUGCUGCUGCUCUUCGCCAGGAGGAGGAAGGUGGUGAAGGAGCCGCUGCUCCCGCCUGAGGACGACAUGCGGGACAACGUCUACCACUACGAUGAGGAAGGCGGCGGCGAGGAGGAUCAGGACUACGACCUGAGCCAGCUGCACCGGGGUCUGGACGCCCGCCCGGAGGUGAUCCGCAACGACGUGGCCCCCACCCUCCUGCCGGCCCCCCAGUACCGGCCCCGGCCCGCCAACCCCGACGAGAUCGGAAACUUCAUCGACGAGAACCUGAAGGCGGCCGACACGGACCCCACGGCCCCCCCUUACGACUCCCUGCUGGUGUUCGACUACGAGGGCAGCGGCUCGGAGGCCACCUCGCUCAGCUCCCUCAACUCCUCCGCCUCCGACCGCGACCAGGACUACGACUACCUCAACGACUGGGGCAGCCGCUUCAAGAAGCUGGCGGACCUCUACGGCGGGGGGGAGGAGGACGAUUAGGUCGUGUCCCCUCCCCGAUCCCCCAGCCCGGCUGGCAGCCGCCCGGCGCAGGCAGCUCACCUCAUUUCACCCCACUGGCCUCACGUCGGUCUUUGCAUGGGGGGGGGGGGGCCACUGAACCCCCCUCCAACACUCCCUCAACCUAGUGUCCAUGUCCCCCUCAUUCAGCACAGGGGAAGCUCGGGGUCACUGAGGCUGGGGGGGGGGGUGUGUUUUGGGGAUCUGGGUGUUCCCUGGCCCCCCUUGGCUCCAGGCAGGGCAUGGAGCUGUUCGGUCCGUUCCCCGUCCUGGAGCCCAGGCACUCCUGGCUUGCACGGGCCAGGAUCAGCUCCUCUCCCCCAGCAGAGAUGAGCCCCUGCCACCUCCCUCCCUUUGCUGUGGAGGAGAAAAAGGGUUUCUCUGGCGCUCUCCGAAAUACCUCGUGCUCCCAGCCCUGACACAACCGCCGCGCUUGCCUCGCCAACCCAGCGCCACAGAAGCCCCGGCACCGCACCUCUGACAGAGCCGGACGAGGUGAUCGAUAAAUGCAGACCAAAGAUGUGCCGUCACACACUAUACAUGAGGGAAUAAUAUUUGAUAAGAGUACAUGCAGGCAGAUUUCUAUUUUUUCCGUAUUCCAGAUUAUGAUAUGAUUUCCUUCUGUGUCAUGCCAGGUGUAAUUAUCGUGCAGCCAAUGAAAGGCGCCUUCAGAAAUCAAACGGCUUUACUGUAAUUUUGAACGCUGUGUUUAGCUGUCGUCGGGGUUUGUAUUUUUUAUCAUGGGGAAAAGGGUCUGAUGUGGACUGGGAAGACAGCAAUGGUCUCAUAUUGAUUGAUUGUAUGGUUUUUAUAUAAAAUGGAAAUAAUAAAUUGUUUUAAGAAAACCGAAA